AUGGGCCGGGCUCGGCCGGCCGAGCGCCCGCCGCGCGUCCCGGCGCCGGACGAAGCGCCUCCGAACCGCCGCGCGCGCGUCCUGGCGCUGCUCGGGGCCCUGCUCGCCGCAGCCGCGGCCGCCGCCGCCGCCCAGGCCUUCGCUCGCCACGCGGAGGCCCAAGCGUCUGCGCGGCAGGAGGCUGUACGCAAGGCCCUGGGGCCAGAAGGCUUCUUCCUCUUCUCCUCCUUGGACACAGACCAGGAUCUCUACAUCAGCCCGGAGGAAUUCAAACCCAUUGCUGAGAAGCUCACGGCAUCAUGGUCACCUCCCAGGACUGUGGUGGAAUGGACACCAGUGGUCACACUGGCUUCAUGCCAGUGGGUCCCUGCCACCUGCAGCCACCUGUGUCCUGCAGGGUCUGCUGCAGCCCCCAGCUAUGAGGAGGAGGAGGAGCUGACUGCCGACCCCAGCGAGGAGACGCUCAUCAUAGAAGCCCGGUUCCAACCUCUGCGGCCGGAGACCAUGACCAAGAGCAAGGAUGGGUUCCUGGGGGUCUCUCGCCUUGCCCUGGCCGGUCUUCGCAACUGGACCACUGCAGCCUCGCCGAGUGCUGUGUUUGCUGCCCGCCACUUCCGGCCCUUCCUGCCUCCACCAGGCCAGGAGCUGGGUGAGCCCUGGUGGAUCAUUCCCAGCGAGCUAAGUGUCUUCACCGGCUACCUGUCCAACAACCGCUUCUACCCCCCGCCACCCAAGGGCAAGGAGGUCAUUAUCCAUCGGCUCCUGAGCAUGUUCCACCCGCGCCCCUUCGUGAAGACCCGCUUCGCCCCGCAGGGGGCCGUGGCAUGCCUGACCGCCAUCAGCGACUCCUACUACACAGUCAUGUUCCGGAUCCAUGCUGAAUUCCAGCUCAGUGAGCCACCCGAUUUCCCUUUCUGGUUCUCCCCCGGCCAGUUCACUGGCCACAUCAUCCUCUCCAAGGAUGCCACCCACGUCCGUGACUUCCGCCUCUUCGUGCCCAACCACAGGUCACUGAACGUGGACAUGGAGUGGCUGUACGGGGCCAGUGAGAGCAGCAGCAUGGAGGUGGACAUCGGCUACAUUCCCCAGAUGGAGCUGGAAGCCAUGGGCCCCUCUGUGCCCUCGGUGAUCCUGGAUGAGAACGGCAACAUACUCGCCAGCCGCCCACCCUCGGGAGAGCCCCUCCAGUUCGUGUUUGAGGAGAUCACGUGGCAGCAGGAGCUGAGCUGGGAGGAGGCUGCCCGGCGCCUGGAGGUGACCAUGUACCCCUUCAAGAAGGUCACCUACCUGCCGUUCACUGAGGCCUUCGACCGGGCCAAGGCUGAGAAGAAGCUGGUGCACUCGAUCCUGCUGUGGGGGGCGCUGGAUGACCAGUCCUGCUGAGGUUCGGGGCGAACUCUCCGGGAGACCGUCCUGGAAAGUUCGCCCAUCCUCGCCCUGCUCAAUGAGAGCUUUGUCAGUACCUGGUCCCUGGUCAAGGAGCUGGAGGACCUGCAGAACAAGCAGGACAACCCGUCCCAUCGGAAGCUGGCCAGCCUGCACCUAGAGAAGUACAGCUUCCCUGUGGAGAUGAUGAUCUGCCUGCCCAAUGGCACAGUGGUCCACCACAUCAAUGCCAACUACUUCCUGGACAUCACCGCCUUGAAGCCCGAGGACCUAGAGAACAACGUCUUUGGUUUCUCGUCCACCUUCGAGGACCCGUCCACGACCACCUACUUGCGCUUCCUGCGGGAGGGCCUGCAGCGUGGCCUGCCCCUCCUCCAGCCCUAGCCCUGGCCUGGCUUGAUGACAGAGAGGUGUCAGGCGGGCGGGCCUCUCACAGCCCAUCUCAGACUUGGCCUGUGUGCCUCCCCACGGGGCUUGCCAUCAGCCAAGCGUGGUUGCCCUAGGGAGUCGGGAGUAGCGGAACCAGAGGUGCAGGUGGAGGAACUCAGAGCUCAGGCCUGCUGGAGACGUCCCAGAAUGCGGCCUGGAGCACAGGUCCUUGUGAUCCGUCCCCCUUCGUUGCUUUCUCCCCACCCACAAAGGAAGCCUCAUGGGGUCCCAGCCCACAAGCUCUGCUCUGCCCACCAUCCCCCUUGCAUACACUGUUUUGGAGCUGUGUCCCCUAUGCUCCCCAGACCACCAAGACCAUGGUGGGACCCCAGAGGCCUGGGUAGGCCUCACUGGACACCAGCUACUUGAACAGAUCAGCUGUGAAGCCAGCCUCUGCCUCCAGCCAGAAGAAGCCCAGGGUCAAGGGCUCCCACUGCCCGUGCCCCGGAAGCAUUCCCACUCCUUGGAAGUCGGCCUUCUCAGAGUCCACUCUCUUCUCGACCUCCGGGUGCCCCACACCAGCUCACCUACACCCGGGGGCUAUCGGCUUUCCUUGGUCACUUCCAAGGCGCUGGCCAUGUCCGCGUCCAGACCUUUUUAUACUCAUAGGAAAAUGUUCUUAGGGAAUUUCCAGUUCAUAGGGACUUCGGGAUGCCCAGCCCUGAGGAGAAGGGAGGGGCCUGAGCUCCCCCAGCAGCAGCCCCAUGACAGCUGGGUCUGAAACCCCAGAGGGCCCAGCUCGAUGUUCCCGCUGCUGCGUCGGGGGGAGGCCAGCCCCUGCCUCCUCUUCAGCUCUGCGGAAGUAGCCCGCUCCUUCCUGCCCCCCGAGCUCCGUCCCAUCCCGAUGCCUGCUGUCGGGGUGCCCACUGGGAGCCCCCUGCCCGUCGCUUUCUCCAUGCCACGUCGGGUAUAAAACGGCAGCCGGUGGGCUAAGA